GUGGGGAAGGGCUUAAAGGCUGAGUCAAAAGCCAAGAAGUCUCUUUAUUUACGCCUACCUCCCAGCCCCUGGCAAUCUGACUAAUAACAAACUGAGCUAACAGGAAAGACUAGAAAGAACAGAGAGAACACAGGAGCAGCUUGCAUUUAAAAAUCUGACAAACAAAGUGAUCAAGUCAAGCUCUGCUGAGCAUCUUGUUUAUUUACUGCAUCCAAAUGCUUGCAAACAGUUAACUAUAUGCAGAAAAGUCAGCCUAGCUGUGAAGUAUGCUGUGAAUUUUAAUUGAGGAAAAAGGACAACUGCUUACAGGAUGGUCUGAUGUGCAUGGCUGCCUAGAAGAUUUUUUCAGUUGAAUGCUUUGUACUUUGUCUUCUGAACAAGGAUUUUAACUUACUGUAGUAUUACUAGAGCUUGCAGCAAAGUGAAACUUGGAAGAAAGUGUGCAUUUUUCACUGGGAAAAUUUACAUUGCAUUGAAGCAGCCGCUCCAACUGUGCAUUGCUGAGUGUUUCAGGGAGUGUUACUGCUGUACAGAAUCUGCUGGACAAGAUGAAGCUUUGGAUUUUUAUUCUAUAUUCAGUUGUGGUUGCAUCUGAUCCUUUCCAGUCACAGUCUUCUUUUUCUUCAGCCAGAGGAUCUUGUCAGAGUCUGUGUUCCUGUGAAGAAAAGGAUGAUACCAUUAUUAUAAACUGUGAUGAAAGAGGCAUCAAGACGGUAUCAGAAAUAAAUGUCCCACCAUCACGGCCUUUCCAUCUUAAUCUGUUAAACAAUGGCCUGAGUAUGUUACACAUGAAUGAUUUUGCUGGCCUUGUUAAUGCUAUCUCUCUACAUCUUGGUUUUAACAAUAUUGCAGAUAUUGAGCCUGGGGCUUUCAAUGGUCUCAGCCUUCUUAAACAACUUCAUAUCAAUCACAAUUCUUUAGAAACACUUAAAGAAGAUACAUUUAAUGGAUUGGAAAAUUUGGAGUUUCUUCAAGCAGACAACAAUUUCAUCACAGUGAUUGAAGCAAGUGCCUUUAGCAAGCUCAACAGGCUUAAAGUGCUUAUUUUGAAUGACAAUGCCAUUGAGUCUCUUCCUCCAAACAUAUUUCGUUUUGUGCCAUUGACCCAUUUAGAUCUGCGUGGAAACCAGUUACAGACACUGCCCUAUGUUGGCCUUUUGGAACACAUUGGUAGAAUACUAGACCUUCAGCUGGAAGACAAUAAAUGGGUCUGUAACUGUGAUUUGUUGCAGCUGAAGAUAUGGCUAGAAAACAUGCCUCCUCAGUCAAUAAUAGGUGAUAUUGUAUGCAAUAGUCCUUCAGUUAUUAAAGGCAGCAUCUUAAGCCGGUUGAAAAAAGAAUCACUUUGUCCCACUCAUCCUGUCAAUGAACUGGAAGAUCCUUCAGGGUCACUGCCCCUGGUUGUAACCACCUCUAUCAGUGAUAGUCACCUAUCGACUAAGGUGAUUCCUCUUCUGAAAGCUCCUACUAAAGAACCAAGUUUAGUGCUUCACACUUCAAAGCCUACUUCGUUUCCAGGAAUCUCUUGCCCUGUCCCCUGUCACUGCACCAGCCAUAUGCUCUCAGGAGUUCUUAUGCACUGCCAGGAGCGAAAUAUUGAAAGUCUGUCUGAUUUAGGACCCCCUCCUUCAAAUCCUAAAAAGCUUAUUCUAGCUGGAAACAUUAUUCAGACAUUACUGAAAUCAGAUCUGGUGGACUAUACCAGCCUGGAAAUGCUUCACCUGGGGAAUAAUCGCAUUGAAAUCCUUGAGGAAGGUUCCUUUAUGAAUCUGACUAGACUACAGAAAUUAUAUCUCAAUGGCAAUCAUCUUACAAAGUUAAGCCAGAAUCUUUUUCUUGGUCUUCAGCACCUUGAGUACUUGUACCUUGAAUAUAAUGCCAUCAAAGAAGUUUUGCCAGGGACAUUUAAUGCAAUGCCAAAACUGAAAGUCCUGUACUUAAAUAACAACCUUCUGCAGGCUUUGCCACCCCAUAUCUUUUCAGGUAUUCCCCUUACUAGAUUAAAUCUGAAAACAAACCAAUUUGCUCAUUUGCCUGUGAGCAAUGUCUUGGAUGAGCUGGAUAUGCUGGUGCAAAUUGAACUUGAAGACAACCCUUGGGACUGUACCUGUGAUUCAGUUGGGCUGCAAAAAUGGAUACAAAAACUGAGUAAGAAUACCAUGAUGGGUGAUAUUUUUUGUAAAUCUCCAGGGCAUCUAGCAAAAAAGGAAUUAAAAUCCCUAAACAGUGAAGUCUUGUGUCCAGGUUUAAUAAACAACCCUGCCCUACCAACUCAUGCUAGUUUUGUAGUUGUGACAACUUCUUCUCCUACUGCCAACACUGCAGAUACCAUCCUGCGGUCCCUUACAGAUGCUGUCCCACUUUCUGUUCUAAUAUUAGGACUGCUCAUUGUGUUUAUAACUAUUGUAUUUUGCGCAGCAGGAAUAGUUGUUCUUGUUCUGCAUCGGCGACGAAGGUGCAAAAAGAAACAGGUGGAUGAGCAAAUGAGGGACAGUAGCCCGGUUCACCUGCAAUACAGCAUGUACGGGCAUAAGACAACACACCACACAACAGAGCGCCCAGCUGCAACUCUCUAUGAGCAACGUAUGGUUACCCCCAUGGUUCAGGUCUACCGCAGCCCAUCCUUCAGCCCCAAGCAUACUGAGCAACAACAGGAGGAGGGAAGUGAGAAGGAAGCUAAUGAUUCCAAAUAUCUUCGCCGAAGUCUCCUGGAAAGAGAGAACAGUUCGCCGCUUACAGGUCCAAAUGUCAAAUAUAAGGCUACAGAUCAAUCUGCUGAAUUUCUGUCUUUUCAGGAUGCUAGCUGCUUGUAUAGAAACAUUCUUGAAAAAGAGAGAGAACUCCAGCAACUAGGGAUCACAGAGUACCUAAGAAAAAACAUUGUCCAGCUCCAGCCUGACAUGGAAGUUCAUUAUCCUGGAGCACAUGAAGAGCUGAAGCUAAUGGAGACGCUCAUGUACUCCAGGCCAAGAAAGGUUUUUCUAGAACAAACUAAAAAUGAGUAUUUUGAACUCAAGGCUAACUUACAUGCUGAGCCUGACUACCUGGAAGUCCUGGAGCAACAAACAUGAAGUGAUAAUAUUUUGGGCUGGGGCCGAAUUUCUGUAAUUCUAUUUUAAGUUGGAACCAUUGUAAAUAAAAGUGCCUUAUAAUAUGUCAACAGUCAGAACUUAAGCACAGCAGUAAUCCUAGCAAAGAAAAACUCAGGGAUCACUGUGGGAAGCCAUGGGAUUGUGCGCAGGAAAUAUGUGUCACCUCAAAUUAAACGUGAAUUUUGUGUGAUUGAACUGUGGGAGGAAGAUUGCUUAUUGCAAUAUUCCUUAUAACUUUGAAAAGGUGUGUAUGGCAUUCCAUUCUGUACCCAAUCUAUGGAAAAAUAUUCAUUACCUUUACUCUUUCUUUUUUUACCCCACAUUUAAUUAGAUUCCUUAAAAAAAC